AUGGAAAUAAACUUUGGCACACAAACAUGGCCUGAACACUCUGACUCAGAGCAAGAUCAGUUAGCAGAAGAAGAUGAAGAUUUGUCUUUCUGUGAUCUCCCGGUCAUUAGCUAUUUUACCAAAGAAGACGAUGGCCAAUCAAGAAAAGAAGAUGCUUCGGCCGCUGAAACCCAGGAAUUAGAGUUCGAUUUCGGUGCAAAGGGAGGCUCAACUUUGAAAGAAUCAGCAAUGUGUGCGGCCGACGAGGUUUUCUUUCAAGGCCGAAUCCUUCCACUACGCGUCUCGGUCAGCUCAGACACUGGGUUAACCCUUUUCCGGCAUGAAAGCAGCCAGAAGAUCAGUACCCAGUGCAUAUCAAGGUCCGAGUCCCUGGACCAUGGUUCAAUGGGUACUGGGUCAGGGUCCAAUAGCAACAAUAGCAGCAGAAGCAGCAGUACUAGAAGUUCUCACAACUCAUCAGGCAGCUGCACUACUGGCUCGACCUAUACCAUCGAGCGAACUUCCAAGCAAACGAGACUCCAAAACCAUCUUCUUUCAUGCCCAAGUCCCAAACCCCAGGUCAGACUUUCCAAUACUCGACAAGGAAGUCUCGAUACUCGGAGCCGGAACUCAUCCUCACGGGACUAUUUACGGCUGGGUUUGGUUCCUACUCCUGAGAUUGAAAUGCUAGACCUUAAAGUUCGUAGAAGCAGCAGUGUCAACACAAGUGUUGGCGGUAGUAGAAAUAGUAGGGUCACUGCCGAAAAGAGCUGUUAUGAUUCCGACAUGGUAGAGCAGAGGAGGCCUGCAGGAUUCUUGGAGAAAAGAAUCGGACGGCUGUUGAGUGGUUGUAAGUGUACAGAGGCAGUUUCGUCAAACGUUGUCAUCAUGAAGAGUAAUGCAAAUGUCGCAACGCAAACCAAGAAAGAAAAUCUGAUGGGGUCGAAGCUGAGGAGGAAGCAAUUGCAAGAACAAAAGCAGCAGGGAAAGCAAGCCAUGUCGAGUCAUCGAACAUUUGAAUGGAUAAAGGAGCUUUCGCAUGCAGGGCUUCUGGCUCCUUGA